GAGAAGGAAGGAAGCGAAACCAAAGAUGAAGGUCCAGGUUGUGGCUGCUUUCCUAGUUAUCUGUCUGCUCUCCCUGGGAGCUUCACCCACGAAUGCAGCCAACAUUAAUAUUGGUGGUGGAGGCGACCCUACUAUAGAAGGCAACGGCAUUGGGAACAACUUUCAGCCUGACGGAGAAGAUGGAGGUGACAACAUUAAUAUUGGCAAUGGAGGUAGCCCUAGCAUAGGAGGCAACGGCAUUGGGAACAACUUUGCAGCUGAUCCAGGAAAUGGCGGCAGCUUCGAUGGCAACUCGGUUGGCGACAACAGCUUCAACAACAAUGGCAAUACUGAUGAUGACCCCAUAAUCUAUUAUUAGACAUCCAGAAACCCAUCACAACAGCUGUCCAGAUGCCAUUCACCAUCUUUCUCCCAUGCCUUCUUGAGUGACAUUGUAGGAGAUUAACCUUUUGUUGC